AUGGGGGAGAGAUGGCUGCGGGAGAAGAAACGGACAUUUUACUCAAAUGAGUAUUUAGUUCGCACGAAUUUCGCUGGUUAUGUUUUUGGUAGUGUAACUUUCUGCAUGAGAUACUAUGUUGGGCACAGGGGAAAAUUCGGACACGAAUUCCUGGCGUUCGAAUUCUGGCGCGACGAUAACCUCCGUUACGCUAAGAACUCCAACUACAAGAACGACACCAUGAUCCGAAAGGAGGUAUUUCUUUCCCCUGUUGUUCUCAAGGAGUGCAAGCGCAUCAUUAUGAAAGAAGACGACAACAACUGGCCAGAACCCGACCGGGUUGGGAGACAAGAGCCCGAGAUUGUGGUGGGAAAUGAGCAUAUCUCCUUCACUACCUCAAAGAUUGGAUCCCUUGUAGAUGUCCAGAGCAGUAAUGAUCCUGACUCCUGAGGGACUUCGCGUCUUGUCUUCUACUACCUUGUUCAGGUCUACGGCUUGAAAUGUCUUGUGUUUUCCCUCAUCUCCCUCCACUUCAAGAUCAAACCCAUUUAGAAAAGAAAUCGGUUUUCAAUAUGAGAUUGGUUCUUCCUCGAGAUCCUGAUGACUUUGUGAGAGGCUUGUCUCUGGUCUUCAAGUAGAAGUUUAGAGUUUGUUGUUUUUCUGCAAUGUGAUGUCUAUGUGUGUGGUUAGCUUCAUUGUUGAGUGAAAUACGACUUCUUUUGUCAUUGUUUCUUUUUGUAACCCUGAAUUCUCCUAAUUUAACUGUCUGGCUUUGAACCGAGGUGUGGAACAAUUGCAAAUGGAUAUAGUAACUCAGCUCGUCAUAUUGAGAUUGAGGAUCUUACCCUUUUGGCUCCAGCUGUUGUUGUGGGAUGAGAGUUGUCUGCAUGUGCUGUCGUUUGAGUUUUCUGUUCUUGUAUUGAACCUGGCAUGGGCUGCAGUGGUUUUGAUUAAUGUGUGGUCAUUCGCCGAUCAGUUUCUCGGUUUAUCUGUUUGUUUUCCCUGUGGGGCUUGUUUUUGUUUGUUAGCUGUUAGACCAUCUGCGUUUGGCUUAAGUGUUGUCGUCGUCUCAUUCUGAGCUUAGUGAGUCUGAGUAAUAGGAAAAGGGCCGCUACAAUUUGAUGUAUGGUCAGGCUGAUGUCUAUGUUUGGAAGAUCAAAUACAUCAUUGACAGGAGUUGAUGCUGAUGUCUAUGAUGUUGAUGCCUCGGCUCCUGACAAUGUGGUUCGGUUAAUUAGGAUUUUCCAUUGGAAGUGGACUGAGAAGGUUCCAUCUGUAAUGCUAUCAGCACGGUAGAGAAUGGUGUCCAUGUUUAUGCAAAGCUUGAAGGUACAUCCGAAAAUACAAUUGAGCGACAAAUGUUUAACAAACACUGUGUCCGUGAGUCAAUUAUCAUCUGACCAUCGGGGGAACGGAAGGGCCGAAACUCUGUCGUCAGCGGUGUAGGAUAGAUUCACCAGCUGAUCACCUAACGCUAAAAGCACUUGUUUGCGUAAUGUUUCUUGCU